AUGUCUUUCCUUUUGUAUGUUCCUAUUCUUCUUUCAGUUUCUUUUUCUUUCCUUUUGCAUGUGUUUAAGAAAUACAUUCACCUUCUAUCAUUAUAUCUUGCUGCCAUCUAUAACACUAUUUUGUAUGCUUUGCAUUAUUCUUUAUUGUCAAAACAUAUUGGACUAAUAAAGGAUAUUGAUAAAGAUAUUGAAAGUUUGAUACCUUGUACAAAAGAUAGUGAUUUUCAAAGCAUCGAUAUUAAUGAUGAAAUUGAUGAUGAUGAAAAAAUUACUAAAGAUGAAGAUGAAGAUUACUCUUGGAAUAGGACAAAGUUGGCGGAGGAUAGAGGAAACUUUCCUCCACCAAUUUCAUCGCUAAAUGAGCUUGGACAACCUAGUUUCAUUUUUGUACCAAUAAGAAAAAAUGGAAGGAUGCAACUUAAUAAAAUAAGAAUAAGAAGGCCGGAAAUUCUCCAUGCUACACGAGAAGAUGGACGAUUGAGGUUAUUUCUCAUUCCAGAUCAUAAUGUAGAAGAAGAUAUAGAAGAAAAAAAGAAAGAGGAAGAGGAGGAGAAGGAGAAACAAGAACUAGUUGAUGAUGAUGAUGAUGAUGUAAACGAAAAAGAAAAAGAACAAUUUAUAGUAGAAUCAAUAAAGGAAUAUGAAGAGGAUAAGGAAGAGGUUCAAGAGAUAUGCAGCUACGACCAUAAGAAUAUUUGUGUUGAAGGAUUGAAACUUCCCAGUGAGAGUUUUAUGAAAUAUUAUGAAGUUCUUAAUCAUAUUGUUCAUCAUCAUAAGGCUCUUGGGAGGUAUUACCAUUUACCUAUGUAUGGACUUUCUACUGCAUGA